UCAACAACAUUCUCAUAUAAUUGAUCUGAAAAUCAUUAUCGCAAUGGAAUUUUCUACUUUGUUACUCAUUAUCCUCACUGCAGGUAUUUUUUUAUAUUAUUUCGUUCUAAGCAAGUUAUCUCACUUCGAGCGAUUGAAGAUUCCACAUGUGCGACCAGUUCCGUAUCUGGGCAACCUGGCACCUUUCAUUUUCCGACGUGUGUCCUUGAUGGAUAACUUACGCGACAUAUACAAUCUUUUUCCUGAUGCAAAGUAUUUCGGUUUCUACGAAUUUAUGAGACCAGUCUACGUAAUACGCGAUCCGGACAUGAUCAACACAAUCGCUAUUAAGAACUUCGACAAUUUUUGCGACCAUAAUAAUUUUGUGAAUGAGGAGAUUGAACCGAUGGCCAGCAGGAAUUUGUUUGGUUUGCGAGGCGAUCAUUGGCGCGAGAUGCGGAAACUCCUCAGUCCCAGCUUCACGGCCAGCAAAAUGAAAAUGAUGUUUGAAUUAAUUUGCCAAUGCGCUGAAAAUUUUACUAAUUUUUUGGUCAUUGAGUCUGGAAACACUGGCAAAACGUACGAAAUGAAGGACAUAGUAAGCAGAUAUGCUAAUGACGUGAUUGCCACAUGCGCUUUUGGUAUCAGUGUGGACUCAUUCAAGCACCCAAAGAACGAAUUUUUUCUACUUGGUAAAACCCUGAACGUCGGCGGCUGGCAGUCAUUUAUAUUUUUCAUGCACAGAAAUUUCCCGAAAGUUGCAAAAUUUUUCGGACUCAGAAUGUUUAGUACGAGGAUAGACAAUUUUUUCAAAGAAGUCGUCACCAGCACCGUGAAGGCCAGAGACGAGCAAGGAAUUAUUCGACCAGAUAUGAUCCAGCUAAUGAUGGAAACUAGAGACAAAAAUCAUGGACCAGUGUUCGAUAUUAACGAGAUGACCGCUCAGGCGUUCACUUUUUUCUUAGGUGGAUUCGAUUCCGUGGCAACGGUUAUGUGCUUUGCGGCGCACGAGAUCGCUGUUAAUCGAGACGUACAAAAUAAAUUGAGAAAAGAGGUCGACGAUGUACUCAAAGAGACUAAUGGCAAGCCCACUUAUGAAGCCAUUAACGGUAUGAAGUAUAUGGAUGCUGUGGUGAACGAAGUUCUAAGACUUUAUCCGCUGUCGGCUUUCCUUGAUAGAUUAUGCGUCAAAGAAUUCGAAUUGCCACCAGCUACUUCAGACGGCGAACCGGUCACGGUCAAACCUGGAGAUAGCAUUUGGUUUCCGAGUUACGCUAUACAGCGUGAUUCUAAGUACUAUUCGCAAUCAGAGAAAUUCGAUCCGGACAGAUUUCUAAACAGCGAAAUGGACAACUCGGUGUAUAUUCCGUUCGGUAUCGGUCCAAGGAUUUGUAUAGGUAAUAGAUUCGCCCUAAUGGAAAUAAAAAUUAUGCUGUUGUAUCUACUACGGCGUUGCGAUGUUGAAGCUGAUGUUAAGACCAAAAAUCCCAUGGUAUUGAACAAAAAAACGUUUAUUAUGAAUGCUGAAGAUGGAUUCUGGUUAAAAGUGCGAACAAGAAAAUCUGCGGCUUCAUUUGCAAAAUAAUUAUUGAAUAAACAUGGAAUUUAGAACAUUUAUAAUGUAUAAAAUUCACUUAAAGCAUUAGCAUUCUAUUCAAAAUGAUUCUUAUAAAUUAAUUAUUAGAAUGUCAAAAAAAAGUACGAAAAUAUAUAAAAGAAAAAUAUCUCGAAUAGCA